GGUACCAGUUGCCCAUGCCGCUGGGGAAUGGAUGUGGAUCUGGCCAGAUCUGUUGACUUAUCGUAUUAGAAUGAGUUGGGAAAAUUAAAGGGACUGACUAACUUGUGUCUUUAGGUGUGACAUUUGAAGAGGUUUGGGUUGUAGCCGUGUUGGUCUAAGGACAUUUGAAGAGCGUAUUUGUGAAUUGUGACUGCAGGAUCUCAGUGGGGAUGGGUUCUUUAGCUACAAAAAGGGAAAACGGGCUACUAGGAAUAGACUAUUGUGAAUAACGGAGUAUUCCUAGAUUUCAUAGACUUUUAGGGUCGGAAGGGACCUCAGUAGAUCAUCGAGUCCGACCCCCUGCCCUGGGCAGGAAAGAGUGCUGGGGUCAAAUGACCCCAGCCAGGUGCUUCUCUACAUCAGUGGUUCCCAACCUCUGACAAAUUGCACACCACCAAUUUAAAAUGAUGCAACCUUAAGUACCACCAACAAAUGUUUCAGUUCAGCCUUAAGUACCAGAAGUAAAUUUCUGUCAUGGAAAGUAACUAUAAUAAAUCUGUUAAUGUGUACCACUGACAGAUUGUCUGUGUACCACAGAUUGGGACCCCCUGCUCUACAUGUAAAGGUCCUAGUCCAGCCUGGAUCCCAUUGUGUGAGGUGCUGUAAAGUUAUUAAGGAAGAGCCACUCCCAAUUUUGAAGAACUUCAAGUCGGAACAUGUCUUCAGAAAGGAACUUCUUUCUACUGCUAACGUUUGCAAAUAUCCUACCAAACCAAUAUCAGCACAUGCAGUUGUUUUGCAAGGUGUUGUUUUAAAUUUGGAGUUUAAUUAUGCUGUAUCGUAAAUCUGGAGGCAACCUGAAUUACAGCGUUGCUGGCAACACCUGUACUGCAUGCUAUGCAAGCUGCUUGCAAACAGCUUCUGCCUCUUCCUCCCUGCCUUUGCAUGGUGCUGCUGCAAGGCAAACUGGGUUGACUGUGUAGGCAGUCAUUGAAGAUAAGUUGGUGGAGAGUUUGAAUUGCAUGUCCUGGUUUCUCUGCUGGAAACUUCUUACUUCCUGGGCAAGUUAUUCCUAGUAAUCUACUGCUGUCAGUUCUCAUAUGCCUCCCACACACUUGCUUUUGGGUGGAGACUGUGUAGGUGAGGCCUGCUUGCAUGGUCUCUUUUAGCUCCAGGUCAGGGAUGGGUGUACAGGUUCUGGCAAGCAAAAUUUGGAAAAAGUUGAUGUAGUAGAAACAAAGUUUUGAGGUUAUGGAUGGGAGAGGUACUGGGAUAAGGGCACUGUUAACCUCCAGGUCACCAGGGACAUUCUUUCCAAGUCUGUGGUAGUGACCAAAAGUCAGUGCUCGCUGAUUGCUGUUCAGUAGCCUAGGUGAAAUGAAGUUGCAUCUAAGCCAGAUCUUUGUUAUCAACAUUAGCCAAUAUAAUAAUGUUAGUUAUGGGUGUGGUGUGUGUAGACAGUUCUGUGCCAGAAGAAGUCCUAGUACAGAUGCAUUAGGAGUGCUUCAGCCUGGCAUAGUGUAUUUCUGCUCCAGGGGCCAACAGAAGCUAUCUGGGCCAAAACACUUGCUUUACUGGUUUAAGCUGUGCUUUCAUUAGCCAGGCUCGCUACUCUAGCUGUAUUGCAAGCCUCCUUGAAUGUGGGUCUUGCCUUUGCUUAGGCUGGGGAUAUCUGGUCACAUUGGACAACUGUGAUUUAUUUUUCUUGGUCGUCUUAGUCAAGGGACCAAGUACAGAAUGAGCUGAAGGGGCUGUACUCAUCACAUGGUCCUCUGAAGUAAGGAAGGAUGGCAAGAUGAUGUGUAAGGGUGGAUGGAAAUUGCUCUGCUCGUUUCCAUUCAAUAACUUGCUAUAUGACUAGAGAGAAGUUUAAUUUCCUGGGCUUUCAAGCCAAUUCCUUACACCAUUGUUUGGUUGAUUAGAUAUCAACUUCAUGAGAGCAGGGAGGGGGGGAAGAUCAGAAUUGCCUUGAUUUCCCUGUAAUGUUACAGGUUUUGUUUGAAUUCUUUCAGCAAAACACUUUCCUUGAAUAUUGAAUGCUUUGAUUUUUCUGUUGUUCUGGUUUAUCUGGUGGACUACCCCAGGUACCUCAGCAGGGAGCUGAGGAGGGAGGUUAGAAAUCAAGCACAGGCUUAAGUGAGGGCAGAUGAAAUAUUAAGAACAAUCUGUCCCAUACUCCCAAUCUGGUGACCAGGUCAGGUGCUGAAAACACUGGGUUCGUUCUUUUUUUUCCUUUUCCAUUUUCCUUCCUUUUCUGUCUGACCUGGACAUUAUUUUGAGCUUAUACGAGGCAAUAAGCACAAUGCAGCAAAAGUUCCAAUUAGAACUCAAGGCUUUGGUCAUGUCUGGAAGGUGGGCAGCAUGUUCAAGAUGAGCUUCAGAAGCCUCAAGUGAAUACAACAGACAGCUUAAAAAGGCUGUUCCUGGCACCUUGUGCCCAUGCUGGACCGAGAGCGCCUGCUUGGAUCCCUGCCAUUACCUGAUUUAAAUCAGUCUGCUCAGUGUCAAAAGACUAGAGGGAGACACCAGCACAAGGAGCCACUGCUGGCAAGGGAGCUCUUUCGAAAAGAAAAAUAGACUCUAGAACGACGAAUGGAGUUCCCUAACCUGGAGCCACACGUGCCUGGGGCAAACUGUUCUCCAGUACCAAGAGACCCAGGGUGGACUAAGGUAGUGUCUCUGUUGACCGUGGGACCCAAGACCAUUGUUCCUCGGGCACGGACGUUUACAGGAUGGAGGAACAUUCAGAAAGCGAAGCUCAUGGAUUUCACCAGCACUGUCAUCAUCCCACUGCUUAUUGGCAGUGUGGGUAUCUUUGGCCUCUUCAGGCUGCUGCAGCGCAUGCGAAUGCGAGCCUAUCUGCAGGACGCGGUGGUGGUGAUCACAGGGGCUACGUCUGGCCUGGGGAAAGAGUGUGCCAAGGCUUUCCACAUAGCUGGCUCCAAGCUCGUGCUCUGUGGCAGAAACAGUGAGAGACUCCAGGACUUGGUGCGGGAACUUUCUGCCAUGACCAACCACCCAAAGAACGUGCACAAACCUUACACUGUGGUCUUUGACCUGGCUGACACUAACACCGUUUUAAAUGCUGCUGAAGAGAUUUUGAAGCAUCUGGGUCACGUGGACAUACUGAUCAACAAUGCGGGCAUCAGUUACCGAGGCACGAUCCUGGACACGGGGGUGGACGUGGACAAAAAAGUGAUGGAAACCAACUACUUUGGGCCUGUUGCGUUCACAAAAGCACUUCUACCCUCCAUGAUCAAAAGAAGACAAGGCCACAUUGUGGCAAUCAGCAGUGUUCAAGGCAAAAUAAGCAUUCCUUUCAGAUCAGCAUAUGCAGCCUCUAAGCACGCCACGCAGGCCUUUUUCGAUUGUCUACGAGCAGAGGUGGAGCAGUUUGAAAUCGAUGUGACUGUUGUGAGCCCUGGCUACAUCCAGACUAAUCUCUCUCUCAAUGCCAUCACAGCAGAUGGAUCUCAGUACGGAGUGAUGGACAAGAACACCCUGGAGGGCCAAACGGCUUCAGAGGUGGCUCAAGUGGUUCUUUAUGCAGUGGGACAGAAGAAGAAGGAAGUGCUAGUUGCUGGUUUAAUGCCCUCUCUGGCUGUCUACCUGCGAACGCUCGUCCCCAAGCUCUUCUUCACUUUUAUGGCAUCUAGGGCAAGAAAGGAAAGGAAAGCAAAGGCCUCGUAGAGCUCAGCUUACUCAUGCAGCAACUGUAGGCAAAAGAAGCCAACCCCUGUGACUUGGCGCACACAUCUGUGGAGGAGCUCAGCAGGAAGCAGAUUCUUACAGUUGCUGCAACUUGCCAUCUCAUGGAGCAGUGGUAGCACCAACACACAUGCCACAAGGGGCCCCUGCUGCCAGAGACCAUUGAUUUUAGCCAAAACUCACUGUUCAAGGCAGCUCUUCAACCAGUAACUCUAAGUGCUGAGUCCUAGCGGGCAAGGAUGCUGACCAGAUGCAAAGGGCUAGAUGGCUGAGCAGACCAUUCCUGCACCUUCCCAUUUCGUUCUGCAUUAGCCAUUUAAAGAAGCUCUAGGAAGAAGUCUUCAGUACACUAUCCAGCUUAAUGCACGCAGGCACAGCACAGGCACUGACUGCAUAGCUAUGGAGGACAGCAGCAGCAAAGAGAGGCCACUGACUGUAAAGCCCUCUGACAUCAGUGGUGCCUGGCUCAACUGUGUGCCUUGAACAAGGUAUAUGUCACAGUCCUUUUAGGUGCCAGGCAGCAUGCCUUGUGGUCAGCAGGGGAGAGGACCUGUACAUGCAAGCAAUGGAUGCUAGUGGAGAGACCACCUUUGUCCUUACCUGGGAUCUACUGCCACCAAAUAUGCAGUGUGGAAACGGCAUUCUGGUGGUACAUCUGCAGGGGGGACAGCACCACCAACUACCUCUUUUCCCCUGUGUUUAUGGACACUUCUCCCUUUCCAACACAGGAAGGGGAGAGGACUCUUACACCUGGUCUCUGCCCCUGCAACCCACUCCCUGCCUCCCCAAAUCAACCGCUGGGUAGUAGCAAGGGCAGUCUCUAUCUUAUGCUGAGUGAAAAGGGUCAGUCCAUUCAGGAUCUACCACUGGACAGCGGACAGGACAAGGAGCUGCCUUAUCCUUUGGCUUCCUCAUAAAUAAAACUGAUUACAGAAACCAAGGCCAGUGCAUCCCAUCUUAGUCUCUGCUCUCAGCUGCUGAAUGGGGCUCCCUGCUAGAAUAUCAGGUGUCCAUCCUGCCCCCUCCCAGCUGCCUACCCCUACUCCCUCUAGACUCUGCCAUGUGUGUAGGUCCUGCCUAUGAGCGUGCAUCUAAAACAAAUAAAACUCAGAGGGGUUUGAAGCAAAA